UUCAGCGGCUGUGUCUCUCCGCAAUAACAAAUAGUAUUAAGGUUGAUUUGUGCCUUUUCACCAACAUGGAUCCAACACCCACAAAGGAGACAGAGAAGCACUGCGUUCUGUGCUGCCAGGAAGUCGAUAUCUUCGCCUUAGGAAAAUGCGACCACCCGGUUUGUUACCGCUGCUCCACCAAGAUGAGAGUGCUGUGCGAGCAGAAGUACUGCGCCGUAUGCCGGGAGGAGCUCGACAAGGUCGUGUUCGUGAAAAAACCGGAUGCCUUCUCGUCUCUGCCCUACCAGCAGUUCCCCUGUGAGAAGAAGCAUGACAUCUUUUUUGGUGACGAGAAGAUCUAUGCCCAGUACAGGCAUCUGCUGUUGUCAGAGUGUGUCCGCUGCUCAGAGCCUAAGGUCUUCUCCAGGUUUGAGGAGCUGGAGCAGCACAUGAGGAAGCAGCACGAGCUCUUCUGUUGCAAGCUCUGCUCAAAGCACCUCAAGAUCUUCGCCCAUGAGCGGAAGUGGUACAACCGUAAGGAACUGGCACGUCACAGAGCGCACGGAGACCCAGACGACACCAGUCACCGAGGACACCCACUCUGCAAGUUCUGCGAUGACCGUUACCUUGAUAAUGAUGAGCUGCUGAAACACUUGCGUAGGGACCACUUCUUCUGCCACUUCUGCGACGCAGACGGUUCUCAGGAAUACUACAGUGAUUACCAGUACUUGAGCGAGCACUUCAGAGAGAGUCACUACCUGUGUGAGGAAGGCCGCUGCGCCACAGAACAGUUCACCCAUGCUUUUCGCACUGAGAUCGACUACAAGGCGCACAAAGCUGCAGCGCACAGCAAGAACCGGGCCGAGGCUCGACAGAACCGCCACAUCGACCUGCAGUUCAACUACGCCCCGAGACAACAGAGGAGAAAUGAAGGUAUGGUGACCGACGAGGACUACGAGGAGGUGCGUCACAACCGAGGAGGAAGAGGACGGCCUCAUGGGGGACAGAAGAGCUGGAGAUAUUCUCGAGAAGACGAGGACAGGCAGAUGGAAGCUGCUAUGAGGGCGUCCAUGGCGAUGCGUCGACAGGAGGAGAGAGGCGCCGUGCAGGAGAGGAGCGCUCCCAAACACUGCCGAGAGGAGAGGACGGAGAGACCAGAACCAGAAGAGCCCAGACACAGGACCGGACACAUCAAACCAACAAGCAAACCUCCAGUAAGAACAAUGAAGAGCAGUAAUCCAGGAGAAGAGGAUGACUUCCCAGCUCUGGGAGCCACGGCUGCAGCAUCCAUAGUGAAGUCGGCCCCUGCAGUGCUUCCAGCCGCCCGCGCAGCUUUGAAGGAAGACGACUUCCCGAGCCUCUCGGCUGUUGCUGUCGCGUCCCCCAUGACCCCAGCUUACUCUGCCCAACCCAGGAAGACUUCCUCUUUCCAAGAGGAGGAUUUCCCCGCCCUCGUGUCCAAAAUCCGGCCCCUCAAACCUACAGGAGGAACCAAAUCUGCGUGGUCCAACAAUACUGCUGUGGCUAAACCCAUGACUCAUCCCCCUCCCUCCUCCAGACCUCCCCCUAACUUUUCAUCCGCGCCCUCUGGCCCCCAGCUCCUCUCCUCCUCAACUUCUGCGUCGUCGAGGAGGAAAAAGAAAGUGGGAGAGAAUGGGAAGGCAGCAUCUACCCGGUCUCCUCCUUUCUCCGAUGAUGAGAGCGGAGGAAUGACGCAGCAGGAGUUCCGCUCGGUGCCCACCAUGUUGGACAUCUCCUCUCUGCUCACGGUCAAAGGAGGCAACAGCAAACCCUCCACCGUGACCUCCAGCUCCUCAAACCCCACCCCCAACACCGAUACCCCUACCUCCAAAGCCAGCAAGAAGAAAAAACAGCAGAAGAACACGGCGGCUCCCUCCACGUCUGUGUCCUCAACCACAGCCACAACUGUAAACACCAUCUCAGUGGAAACAGCUGCACAGAAGGAAAACGUCCCUGAGAAAACCUGCAACAAACCUCUCUCCAGCUCUGUGACAGCGGCGCUGACCGGCGGGUUGGUGAACGGCCACCCUGAGAAAUCGCCACCCGUUAGCAAGGAGGCCGUUGCGGUAACGCCUCACCCCAACACAGACCCCCCUCUUGAGCAGGAAGAAGAGUUUCCUGCUCUCAUGACCAAGAAACCUCCACCAGGCUUCAAGACCUCCUUCCCAAUGAAGGCCUCAGCUCCUGCCCCAUCCUCCACAAUGCCCCCACCCCCACCUGGUCUGGGAGUCUCAGCCCCGAAGCCCCCCCCAGGCUUCACUGGGAUCCCCCUCAACAGCAACGUGGUGGAACCUGCUCCUUCUGCCGUCAACCUCCCCCCCAAGGUGUCGAGCAGCGGUUACCUAGUGCCAGAGGACUUCCAGCAGAGGAACCUGGAGCUGAUCCAGUCCAUCAGAAAGUACCUCCACAACGACGAGUCAAAGUUCAACCAGUUCAAAAACUACUCUGCACAGUUCAGACAGGGUGUGAUAUCCGCCGCCCAGUAUCACCGCAGCUGUAAGGACCUGCUCGGAGAUGAUUUCAACCGCAUCUUCAAUGAGCUGCUGGUGCUGUUGCCGGACACUGGGAAGCAGCAGGAGCUGCUGAGCGCCCACGGAGACUGUAAGGCCCUGGAGAAGCAGUCGGGGGCCGGAGGAGGAAAGAAGAACAAGAACAAGAAGAACGCCUGGCAGACGCCCGCCACGGCGGCUAACGUAGCGGCUGAGCUGGACUGUCAGGUGUGCCCCACGUGCAGACAGGUACUGGCUCCCAAAGACUUCAACUCCCACAAGACCCUGCACAUCAGGGAGAGUGAGGAGUUCCCUUCCUUGCAGUCAAUUAGCCGUAUCAUUAGCUAGCCCCUGGUUUCCCCUCUGUGAGGCAGAUUUUCAGUUGCCCCCGCAGGAGCCAGAGCGGAGAACAGCCCGCUCACCUCGGAGGAGCCGGGGCCCAGAUCUCACGUCGAAGGUGAAUUUAAGAAGGUGUAUGAUGUUUUUACUUUCUGCUGAGGAUUACAUUGAUAGGUUUGUGUGAAUGGUUUUACAGUUUAGACACGGUUCAACUCUUCUUUCAACUGGCCUCCUUUGAGGACGUCUCCAGCUGGCACUGGCGCCGGCAACGUCCAACCAGAACUAUCCAUUUAUUUAAUGACAGCAGAGACACGAGCAAAAGGCUUUACUUGAAUAAUUUUUUGCUCCCCAAUACAAAGUAAUGUUGAUUUGCAUUUUGUACCAUGCUUUGUGCUUUCACACAGAUAACAACAAUGUCUUUUGUCAACAGCAGAGUUGAUAAAGUUAUGUAUAAUUCCCCCGAGGGGCCGCUUGGUUAAAUAACAGAAUAAACACAAACAUGUUCAGUUCAACAUUUUAGAACCAUAUUUAUUUAAGUGUAGCUGGUUAAUUACUUUUAACAGCUGGCUGCUUCGUGCGGAGGAAGUGAGCGGAUCGUUUCCUGUCGGAGGCGUCACGCAGGAGGGUGAGUGACGGGACGGAGGCUGCUUCCGGAAUCGGUACAAAUUCACACUUUAAAUGUUUUCUACUCUGUUUUCAAUGAUUCUGCUCGAGUCACUCACCAGUAGAUCUGGUUUAAUGGUUGACAGGUGGACUGGUUAAUCAGGUGUUAAAUGGAAACUAAAGACCUUAACGAUCAAAGAGUCCUCGCCUGUUUUCAAACAGUAGAUCUCCUUUUUAAGGAGGAGCGGGUGGGAUGAUGUUAACCACUGAGGAUCCCAGGAGCUCCCUUUUAUUUAUUAUGUUAUACGUUUCUUUAUAAAAAUGAGUUGUGGAUCUGAUCAUGCUGGCAACACAAAAAAAGUCUU